UGUCUCUUGACACUGACCAUUGAAGGAAAACGGAGCAGAAGAGCGAAACAUGGCGACUUCGAACAAUCCGCGGAAAUUCAGCGAGAAAAUCGCUUUGCAUAACCAGAAGCAGGCGGAGGAGACGGCGGCGUUUGAAGAAGUGAUGAAAGACCUCAGCAUUACUCGGGCAGCGAGGCUACAGUUUCAGAAAACUCAGUACUUGCAGCUGGGACCGAACCGUGGGCAGUACUAUGGAGGAUCUUUGCCAAAUGUCAAUCAGAUUGGAAACGGCACGAUGGAUAUGUCUUUUCAGAAUUCAGGGCUUGAUGCGAACAGAUCGACGCGACACCACGGGCUGGUGGACAGAGUCUACCGGGACCGGAGCCGUAUCACAUCCCCCCACCAAAAACCCCUGUCUAUUGACAAACAUGGACGCCAGAUUGACAGCUGUCCAUAUGGUUCAGUAUAUCUGUCACCACCACCUGAUACCAGCUGGAGGAGGACAAACUCUGACUCAGCACUGCACCAGAGCACACUAACUCCUGCCCAGCAAGCCUCUUUCACUGGAGGAUCACAGGAGCUCCAGCCAAAAAGAGCUCAAACAGUCUGGACAUCUGUAAACCCAAGAGAAGAAGGAGAUUUUUGUUAUUAUUUUUCCAUCUCUCCAGUUCUCCUGCUCACCGUACCAGGGGCUGAAGCAAUUAAACAAGAGACUGAUGAAGAUGGCCAAAACCAGAACUGGGAGUGCAAAAAGAACAUUUCAAGGUCCGAGUGUCCAGGGAUCCACAUAUUCCCGUCUCCGGACCAGCAGCUGACCACUUCACUGAAACCAGCAGCCCACAACACUGGCGGUUCUCUCCCUGACCUGACCAACAUCCAGUUUCCUCCUCCGCUGCCAACCCCGAUCGACUCAGACGAUGCAGUGGUCGCCUCGUUCAGCUCCUCCAACAGCACGCAGACUCUGGCUAACACGCAAGGAGUGAACACCUCUCAGCCCUCAGUAACCAUGGAAAUGCAGCCUGGGCAGGAUGACAUGGUUCCUCUCAUCCUGAAUGCGGGAGACUCCCACCAGCAUCAGAACCUGCAGCUCUCCCCAACAUCUCCGCCUCUCACUCUCUCCCAGGCGGCCAUCAACGCCAUGAACCUUGAGCAGCAGCUGUCCCAGUACGCCUUCUUCAACCAGCAGCCGUCGUCCCAGACCCACCAGAACCAGCAACAGACAGGUUUGAUCCAGCUGUCGUCCUCCGUGAACUCCUGCUCCACGUCAGACAACCUGACGUCCUCACAAGCCAACAUGACCAUGGACAUGAACACGGCCUCGUCCCUUCAACAGUACCGCAGUAGGGUCGGAUCCUCUGCCAAUCAGUCUCCGACCUCCCCCGUCUCCAAUCAAGGCUUCUCACCUGGAGGUUCGCCUCAACAUAACUCCAUACUGGGCAGCGUGUUUGCAGACUUCUACGACCAGCAGCUCCCGUCCAUUCAGGCCAGUGCUCUCUCACAACAGUUGGAGCAGUUCAACAUGAUGGAAACCCCCAUCGGCUCUGACAGCCUGUACAACCAGACCUCCACCCUCAACUACUCCCAGGCGCUUAUGAUGGGUCUGACCGGUGGCCAUUGCAACCUUCAGGACCAGCAGCAGCUGGGCUACAGUAGCCAUGGCAACAUCCCCAACAUCAUUCUCACAGUGAGCGGGGAGUCUCCCCCCAUCCUGCCCAAGGACCUGACUGGCUCGUUGUCCACAGAUAUCAGCUUCGAUGUCGACUCCCAGUUCCCACUGGAUGAUCUCAAAAUAGACCCGCUGACGCUUGAUGGCCUUCACAUGCUAAAUGAUCCGGACAUGGUCCUUGCUGACCCCGCCACAGAGGACGCGUUUCGCCUCGACCGCCUCUAACCACUGCACCACCUCAUGCCCAGGUGUGUGUGAAUGCUGCUGCCCUGGGGGUGCGAGGGGGGGAGCUUCAAAUCUGAGAGAAUAAGAACCAAGAGGAGCAGCUUUCUGGAGUGUGCUGGUUUAACACCUCGUCUGGGCAGAGCAUCGAUUUCACCCCAACCAACUCAAUCAAACCCCACAAGAGAGCAUUUAAAAGAAACAUCAUGCGUUCAAAUGUUAUUGAAGACUGGAAACCUUGAAAACUGGAAAGAUGGCUUACGACUGAUGACAAGUUACGGUAUGAAUGAUCUUCAUGGUUGUGUCACUACAAAUGACACUUUCAAUUUUGAUUUAUUUAGAUGGUUAGUGUUCAUUCGAGGGAGUUUUGAUGAAAGUAUCAUGAGGGCAGAGGGAGGCUGGUCUGAUAUUCUCCAUCAAUGACGGACUAAACCACGUCUGCAGAGCAAACCCUUAAUCUACAGUAUCGUACACCUGUUAACAAAGAGUAGCUUGAUGACUCAGAGGAAACACAAGUUUAACCUCCCUUUGUGCCAAGCUGACUGCUCUCAGCAGUACAUUCAGUUUGGAUAUAAAUUUUGUGAUAAUCCCUGUGUAGUUGGUCAUAGAUGGUUUGAUUUUGUUUCAAAUUUCCUCUAAAGUUUUGAGUGACGACGAGUCACUAAGUUAUUUUCAGGAGAUGCUGAAUUUUGAUUUUACCAUAGUAAAUAGCAGCCAUUGGUUAUGCAUGAAAUCACAAAUCACUGUGCAUACUUGUUUUGCCUUAAUAGCUUGACAUUUUCGUUUUCAUGCAAAGACGACUAUUAUGUAAAUCAGAAAAAGAUUCACUUGUCAAGUCAUUGUUACUGUUUUAUAAGUGGUUUGGCCUACAUCAUUCACAGUUGCAUUGUAUUUUUGAGGUGUGCUGAUCUUUAUACAUUACUUCCUCCGUUGUCACUACCAUAUCAUUUUUCAUGCCUCAGUCGGAUCUAAAAGGAUUAAUGAGUUCUUUGUUAUGAAACAGAUGUUUACAUGCUUGUUUCGUUUGAUAUUUUACAUGUACAGAAUGUGAUUAGAUUUUGCGUAAUGGUAUCUAUGCAAAAACUACAGCGAUUGGUUUAGGACUGUAAAAUGAAAAAGAUAAAAAUGAACCAUUUCAAAAGGAGGCAAAUGUGCAAGGUUGUUUGAGAAUGCACAGCGAUGGUGCCAUGUUAUAUUUCUUUUGAUACUUCUGAAACUCUUUACAUUUUCCUUUCAGACUAGUACGGUGUAGAGAGAAAGGCUCAGUGCGUGUGUCAUACAGUAGAAGCUCUCCUGGAUUACUCCCAAAGAUGUGACCUCAGUGUAGUUGAAAUAUAUAUAUUUUUCCAGACAAUUGAACUGCCUCUAUACUAGAACAGCAUUGUUGAUGCAAUGAGAAUGUAUUUAGGUCACAUCUGUACAGCUGUGUUGUUGCCAUCGUGUCAUCCUCAUUGCCUCUUAUAUCUAGCCUUUAUGUACUGUAGGACCAAAUAUUUUUCACCUGUUAUUUUUUUCUCCCUGCAAAGGAGAUGUGACAUACUGCUUUACAUAUGACUUUUGUUGUUUUCAUGGCACUACAGUGACACUGAAUAUCCGUUUCCUCGUCAUGCUUGUGUUGUCUGUGCCCUGUAUGGAUCUGUUCCAUGUCUCCGGCCGUUGGUUCUGCAUUUAUGUGGUUUUAAACAUUUGCUCUUUAAAAGGACCCCUGUGUGUUGUGAGUGGAUCAUAACUGUCUCAUCUCUCAUAUUGCACUUUAUGUAUUCAUUUAAAACACUGAUUUAUGAGAGUUUAUAUACCAACCCCCCCCCCCUGUGACUGUUAUGUGCACUGGACCCGUUUGUCCUGUCUCUGAUUAAACUUGCCUUCUUGUAAAAAAAAAAAAAAAAAAAAAAAAAAAGAAUUAUGAAAAAAAAGCUGUUUAAAUUAUAGUUAUUUUUUGAAAAGUCAUAUACAGAUUUAAAAUAAGAAUUUUUACUUAAUCAGUGAGUAUUUUGUUAGCGGUUUACUGUUGCAGUUUUCCUGGAUUUUGGAAAACAUUUGUAUUUUGGAACAGUGGGGAUCAGAGGUGUGUCAAUCACGUUGCUGCAGCUCUUUCUGCUAUUGAUGGCAGGUUUGAGAAAAUAGAUCGAGAAAAACAUGUAAUUAAUUACUGAUUUACAAAUGAAAAGUUUAUUAUUGAAAUAUUUAAAGUUGCAAGUAGUAUAGUGUGAUUUCUCAGAGGAGUACAUUUGAAAUUUGCAUAUUAUCACAAUAUUGUGCCAGAUGGUAUAAAUAUAUUUUAAUUCAGUCCAGAUAUAAUUCUUUCUAAAAUGCCCAAUAUAAGUUCAUUUUCAUGAAUAUUCCACACUAUGAAGAAGGUCAUUCUGUAGCUGCAACAUUAUUUCUGUUGAUGUGUGUCAAGGUCCUCUAGUGCCAGCAUAUCCCACCAUCAUUCUCACAUAAUGUAAAUGUCAAUUCAAAAAACGUCCGUUAACAAAUCUGUUAAAACUAAGUUGUUGAGCGUGAAGAUUUUCCCCCCUUUUUUAUUUUUUAGAUGAAUCGCAUUUCUGAAUUAUGGUCUUUUCUUUCCUCCUCCCCCCGACUUUAAUAAUGUUGUUACGGCAUGAAUAUCUAUACGUUUUCCCCUUUACAGCUUGGGUUUUAUUUUCAUUCCAGGGUCGAGUCGACUUUGUUUGUCAAAGUGUUUUGUUUUUCUUGUUUGGUAAUGUUGUCCUUUGUUCUAUCUUAAUUCAGCGUCAUGUGUAUAGGCUAAUGUAUCUGCUAAGUGAAGCCUAAAAGCAUCGGAAAUAUGGUAAUCAGCCUUUUAUGCACAUGUAGGAGCUUUUGUUUGGUACUAUGUUUUACACUGCAAUAUACUGUAUGUGCUUAUUUUCUGUGCUACACCAACAGAGCUUUAUUAUGUCAUGGUAAAUCUAGAGUAGCUUUGUAUAUUGCUGUACGGUAGGAAUAAUGUUUUUCGUGCUUUAUGUGAUAUGAUGUCAAAGUGAGAAAAUGCACUGAGAAAUACUGCGCUGCAAUAUGUCGUUGUGGCUCGAUAUUCUCUGCUGGACCUCAGACUUUAUAGAGAGCCUGAAAUCUUUGUAGGUCCAUUUUCUGUUUUGCUUUUCUUUGUGCUCAUGUAGAUAGCUCUGAUGCGUCGCCUGUUACUGCCACCUUUUUAUGCAUCAACGUUCAGGCAUCCAUUGGUAUUAUACCAGUGUUUACAGAGACAAGAGUUUACAACAGGGCAAUGUUUGUUUUACUCUCCAUAAAAACAUGUUCACUAAAUACUGUAUCUGGAAUAACAGACUACAUAUGAACAACUUGCAGUGUAGGAUAGCAAACGUAUUUUGCUAUUUAGAUUUACCAGUGAAUCAAUGAUGUAAUUUCAAUACUAUGCCCUAAAUAAUACAUUAUAUUUGAUGAGGUCUUCAUUCAUAAGCAUUUCGAGGCCCUGAAAGCACUUUUUAUUUCAAUUACAGAAUUUUAUUUAUCAGAAAUUCCACUUCCUAUCUACUUACUAUGAGCAGCUACAUGCCAUCAGAAGUUGUUUUGUUUUUUUAACAGAAUAGGUACUAUUUAGAUUUUAUUUAAUUUAGUUUUAUAGUAAAUCUGUCAUUAGCACUGUAUAUUAUUAAUCAACAGUUGAACCAGGAAGCCAAAGUACAAAACAGCCAUAAAUGAGAGAAUAUUUAGACAUUUUAUCCCUCUAACUGUUGAAACACAACCUUUCCCAUUGUUUUUCAAAAUAUUGUAGUGGGGUACGAGUUAUUUCAUAUAUCAACUAUGAACGUAUCAAUGCAUCUUUGAACAUUAUUACAGAAAUUCUUUCAGCUUAACUUAAAGAGAUGCGACUGACAUAUCCUACCUACUACCUGGGGAAUCUCUUUUCUGCAUGACGCUGAAUUCCAAAAUAUCUCAGACGAUACCUUGACAUAUUGCAUUUUGCUUUAAAUGAAGUAUUUAGUUUUGCUUUGUUUUAUUAAUCUGCUCUCAGACACUAUUUUGUAGUGAAUAUUACUAUAUACAUAUUGUUUGAUAAAUAAUAUACCGUAGGAAAUAAAAUAAGAAACAUCACAUACAAAUACUCUACAGUCAGGCUAUAUAUCUAUCCACAUAUCUAUAUAUAUAUAUAUAUAUAUAUAUAGAUAUAUAUGUGGAUAGAUAUAUUGACUUUGUGACACAUAUUAAAACAGAAACUGAAUCAGGAAGACGGAAGAGUAAUAGUGGUGCACAGUCACUCAGUGGGUCACCCACUCUAUGAAUCCUUUAUGUACAUUUUGAGGACAGCCCGCUGCUGGUUCAAGCCUCAUACAAUGGCAGCUAAAUUGUUAUACAAUGUUUUUUUGUUUCUGAGAACAGUGAUACUAUUCCAAACACUGCACAUGCAUUUUACUGCCGUGAUGGAGUGCACCACGCUCCUAUAGUAUAAGCUCGCAGCAACGGGAAACAUUAUGCUCAUAGAAUAUGCAAAAUCUAGCAUUCUGCAGCACAGCUUGGCAAGUUGGUACUUUUUUGACCUAACCCUUUAAAAAUUACGUGGUUCAAACCUUGUUCUUCAAAUUGUGUGUUUUCUAUUUAAACUGUUAAAUCGGACCAAAAGAAUCCAAGUUGGCUGUAAAUGUGUGCUAUAUAAAAGAUGAAUUACGCUUCUGUUUGAACUGUACCUGAUGUAGUUUUCUUGUGUGAAGGCUUCUGUCUUUGUAUCUUUGCAUUAUUAUUUGUAAAUGAAAUGAAAAUAAAUAUAUCUGACUAAGCAAAGACGUUUCUUUAAUCUUAUUUUUGUCAUUAGGUGGACUACAAAAAAAACAAUAAACAACAAACUAAACCAGUAUUUACAUGAUGAUGAUAACAGCCCCCAUAACUGGCAUAACUCAGACUUUCACACCCACUCCACAGCUUCAUGCUCA